AUGGCAAAUACACCUAUAACUCCAGAACGUGAGAGGAAAACAACACAGUCACACAUCAGCUCGGUGGACGGUGGUGGUGAAGGCCUGAAGGGGGCAGGAAGACUAGAAAGAAGGAUCAUUGCGUGGCCUUGGGGGAGGAGGAGAGCAGGCUGGCAGGAGGAGGCAGCAAAACGUGACCCUUGCCAGCCAGUGCCGCGUUCAGAGAUAAGGUGCUGCCCACUACAGGAGGCAGUGCCUGGCCCCAGCUGCCAGGGCGAGACGGAGUCCAUAGCUGGUGAGGCCACUGAGCAGGGCAAGGCCGGGCCCUGCCCAAAAGGACACCAGAGUCCUUCACCGGCCCCUGUGCCUCAGAGCCCACCGGGCUCUCCUGCUGGCCCCACCAUGACAUCAGAGCCUACAUCACCUGCAGUGGUGCCACCUCUCCACUCCCCCAAGUCCCCUGUCUGGCCCACUUUCCCCUUCCACAGGGAGGGCAGCAGGAUCUGGGAACGUGGUGGUGGUAUCGCUCCUCGGGACCUGCCCAGCCCUCUGCCUACCAAACGGACCAGGACAUACUCAGCGACAGCUCGAGCCUCGGCCGGCCCCGUGUUCAAGGGCGUCUGUAAGCAGUUCUCCCGCUCACAAGGCCAUGGCUUCAUCACUCCUGAGAAUGGCUCCGAGGACAUCUUCGUGCAUGUUUCUGACAUCGAGGGGGAGUAUGUCCCCGUGGAAGGCGAUGAGGUGACCUACAAGAUGUGUCCCAUCCCACCCAAGAACCAGAAGUUUCAGGCCGUAGAGGUGGUGCUCACCCAGUUGGCCCCCCACACUCCCCACGAGACAUGGUCUGGCCAGGUUGUGGGAUCCUAG